AUGACACCCACGAUACCAUUCACAGACACAGCUAACGUAACCCCUUCGGAUGCAUUCAGAGUCACGCCCGUACUGUCGGAACAAUCCCAGAAGCUGAACCUCACGGCGAUCGUCAACACUCACCACCACUGGGACCACGCAGGCGGGAACAAGAAGAUCCUGCAAUCGCUGUCGUCACCGGUCCCCGUCAUCGGCGGGCGAGAUUGUGAAGCGGUUACAAAGACGCCGGCGCACGGCUCGACGUUCACCAUCGGUAAGAACAUCCAAGUGACGGCGCUGCACACGCCGUGCCACACACAGGACAGUAUUUGCUAUUACAUGGAGGACAAGAGCACGGGAGAGCGGGCGGUGUUUACGGGCGAUACGCUGUUUAUCGGCGGGUGUGGCAAGUUCUUCGAGGGCAACGGCGCCGAGAUGCACGUCGCACUCAAUGAGAUUCUAGCCGCCCUGCCGGACGACACCAAGGUCUACCCGGGCCACGAGUACACCAAGUCGAACGUCAAGUUCCUGAAGAAGGUCGAUCCCGCAAACGAGGCGGUCCAGAAGCUCGAGCGCUUUGCCGACGAGAACCACGAGACCCAGGGCAAGUUCACCAUCGGCCAGGAGAAGCAACAUAAUGCUUUCAUGCGCGUGCAUACCGACGACAUCAAGAAGGUCACCGGCAAGACAGACCCCAGUGAAGUUAUGGCCCAGUUGCGCGAGUUGAAGAAUGCAAGUUGA